AUGGCCCCCCUCCGCCGCUACUUGCGCAUCAGCAAAUACUCGGUGAUAGAGUGUCGUAUUUACCUGGACAAUCCAUCUGACUCGCGAUGGCUCCUGAACCCGCGCGAUCCUGUCCUCCCUCGUGUCUUUGCUGCGAUCCGGCCUCUGGUCCUGCCCAAGCUGCGGGAGGAAAACGAGCGACUCUGGGCGCGCAAGAAGAGCAAGCCUGUGAAGGAUGUCAUUGCCGAAGGUGAAUUCGAAGUGGCCAUCUUCCUCCGCGAAUCGCGUACCCGACAUGCCCUCUUGACCCGCAACAAAGUUUUCCAUGAACCGGGCAAGACGACCGAUAAGCCCAAGUCGAAGUCUGGAAAAGGGUUGGCAAAUGAUUCGGCAGAUCCGGUCAACCCUGCCGAUGCAGAGGUCAUCAUCGAUAGCGACAGCGAGGUCGAAGUCAAUUUGCGCAAUAUCCCCGUGGCGAUCGAAGAUAACAAUGAAUCAGAAGCCGUUCUAUUAUCGGAUAGUGGAAAUGAGGCUCAGACAGGCCAAGUGGAUAUAGAGGAGCUAACCGAAGAGGAAGAGAAGAAGAAGCUGCGCUUCAGCACCCACUAUGAAAGCUUCAACAUCACUGGCUGGGUGCUCUGCCUGCUCAUCACCCGCAAGGGUGACCGAACCCAGGUGAAUGCUGCAGCAUCAGAGCCGAAACAGCCUCUGAUGGAGGACUGGAUCUCAAGCCAGGCUCAGACAGGUCUUGACGAGGAUUGA